GUUCAUCUCACACGACAAUUAAAUGGCCAUCUCCGCGCCACAUCAGUCACUUCCGGGUCUGGGGGAGGCAACUUCCUUUGGUUGUGCCGCUGAAGAAAAUGAUUAUACACUUAUGGAGCUACUUGUAUAAACAUGUCUUUCGAUUUUGGAUAAAAUGGAUCUUGAGACAGCUCACUGGAAAAUGUGAACUGCAGCGUAUCUGUGAUGGUUCAAAGAAAAGUGCAGAAAGAACACUCACAAUAGAGCAUUCACUGGAAUCAUCAAAGAGUAAGGUAUUGCAAAGUGCUGUGCACGCUCCUGAAGAUGAAGUAAAAAAAUAUGUAGCACUCAUCAUGAAAGAAAAGAAGAUUGAUAUACAAAAGGAUACAGGAUUCUCCUUGAAGCUCCAGAUGUGUUUGCUGCAGAUAACUGGUUAUAAAAAACUUUAUUUGGAUGUAGAAGACCUGAGAAAAUGUUCAUAUAACUCUAAUAAUGAAGAGCAUGAGAAUCAAUUAAUUGAGCUUUGGAAUUUGUUGAUGCCCCAUGAAAAACUGAAGGCUAGAAUCACGAAGCAGUGGUGUGACAUUGGUUUCCAAGGUGAUGACCCUAAAACAGACUUCAGAGGAAUGGGCAUGCUGGGAUUAGUUAAUCUUCUAUACUUCAGUAAACAUUAUACCCACAAAGCACGUCAAAUCCUUAUUCGUUCAAAUAAUCCAAAACUGGGAUAUUCUUAUGCAAUAGUUGGGAUCAACUUGACAGAGAUGGCUUACAGUUUAUUAAAGAAUGGUGCUUUAAAAACUUACUUCUACAACCUGGUUCCUUCUGUAGCACAAAUGGAUCACUUCCACCGCUUUUACUGUUACUUGGCAUAUGAGUUUGACAAAUUUUGGUUUGAAGAAGAACCGGAAAGUAUUAUGUACUUCAAUCAGUACAGAGAAAAAUUUCAUGAAAUAAUCAAAAGACGCCUUCAGGAUUAUGAUGUAGUUCUUGCCUUAUAAAGUGAAAAAUAGCAUCCAGACCUUUGGGUACUGUACAUAAAAAUUAUGCACUUGAAUGGAAUCCUCAUUUUUAACCAAAAAUCUUCACUUAAUGAUCAAGUUUUAUAACUUUAAAAAAUCACUUGGGAGAGCUUGGACAAUCAACACUUAUUUAGAAUUGUAUAGUAUUUGCUGAAGGGAAGAACUUUUAAAAUACAAAGAUCUUCACUGGAUCAUAGGACCUCAUAACUUUUAUACACUUCUGUCAGGAAGAUGAGACAGGUACUUGGGCUUUCCCAUAUUACCUAAUAAUAGUUGCCUUUCCAGAUAUGACCAGUGAUUAGUUUACAGCCAGAUACUUUCAAUACUUUUUGGAAGAGAAACAACUUUGGUUUUAGAUCUGUUUUUCUGACAUGUAACAUGCUUUCUUGUUGGAGGAAGGGACAUGCAAACGGAUUAAAUCAUUUGGAUGUGUAAACAUCUUCACUCUUGAGUUAAAUGAGAUUAUUCUGUAAUGCUUUCAUUAAAGGGAUUUUAGGGAACUAUGCAACUAGAACACCGGAUUAAAAAAAGCUUUUGAUAAGUCUUUGCAUGUUGCCAAUAAUACUUUGAACUAAAUGUUUUUCUGUGUCAUACUUCUUAUUUAAGGCUAUGCAGCUGAUUUCAUAUUUCAAUUAUUGGACUUUCUUUUUGUCUACCCACACAUUCUCAACUGGUAGAGAAGCCUGAGAAGGCUGCAGCUCAAAAUUCUUAGGAGUGACAAGUAACUGUCCAUUUAACUGGAUUCUUUCUUCUGUACAUUUUUAUGUAUUGAAGAAGGCCACUUGGGUGGUAUAUUUCUAGACAAUCGAGGCAAUACGAUUUUAUAUAUAUGGUAAAUUUAUUAAUUAUUUUAUAAAAAUGUUUGGUUUCCAAUCGACUUAUCUUUAUGUUUUGUUGGGGCUCAAAGCUUAAUCUUCAAAGUGCCUUCUGCUGACUACAGUUAAACUUUUUUGAACUGGGGCUGUAUCUGUUGUGCGACAGUUCUGAGCAUGUUGUGGUCUCUAUGUUAUGGGUUGAUAAUAGCAGAUUUAGCAAAAUACAUAAGUAUUGCUUAAUUUUGCCCACCUGAUCAAUGAUAGAUAACUGUUCUUCAUUUGCAAUUAAGAGCACAGCAAGAAUGAUCUAAAGGAAAACAGGAUUUCAUAUCCUGCCGACACUUUAAUGCUGUAGUCAUUAUCUACCCUGCAAAUAUUACUUAUAGCCUAUACUUUCUAACUAGUACCUGACAAUUUUUAAAAAAUUGGAAAAUUUUCUCUAAUGUACAGUAAAGUUUAAUAUCUUAAUAAAACUUCUCAAAGUCUUGUUCCUUUGGGGGGUAAGAGAAAUAAGGAGGAUUGAAAAUUCAGUGUCUUCAUUUGUUUCUGUAACUGUUCAAUAUUUUUUGUGGAAUAGAAGCACUAAUUACUACAAAACAAAUGUGGUAUGAACCAAAAUAAACUUGGUGUGCAAAACCAAAUGUCUAUGGCUUAGCCUUAGAUGCUUCCCUGGAGCUCUUGUGUGCUAGGAUAGCCCUCUCUUUUCUUCCCAUUCAUGGUAGGGUUUUCUAUCAUGGAGGAAAACAGAGUUAGCUAUAUAUAAGUACUGAAGUUGCUGGUUCACAACAUCAUUUUUGUUUGAAAUACUGCAGUAAAUGUGACAUAUAUCCUUUUUGUGCAAUGUGGAGGUAUUGUAAUCACACAUUCAGUUCUAUUUGACUAGGUUUUUAGCAGUUUAAUCAUGAAAGCUGUGAAUAUUUAAGAAGCUGCAGUUAAUUAAAAAAUUUCACUGGGUUAUAUGUAACUAAACGGAACUGAGGACACUGGUGCAAGUAUGUGCCAGAGGAGAUUCAAGAGUGUGUCCUAAUGUUGCUCAUUCAUCAAUUUAGCAGUGCACCACAUUAGUUUUAUUCACAAAAAAGGGCAUUUUUUUUUACAUAAAUCCUAUUCCAUCAUUUUUAUGUGCAUUGCAGAAUCUGCACUGACCCAGUGAUUUCCUUAGUGUAUAUUUGGUCACAAAAUAAUUGUGAAAGGCAGGUUUCUGUCAAUGGGACUUAAAAUUUGUAUGAAAUAUGCUAGAAGUUUAUGAAAGACUGCAGUUAUAUGAGAAAUUCCAUUAAUUUCUUAAAACAGAAAUUGGUGGAAUUGCUUGGUUCCACCCAGAAAAUGUUUCAGACGGAUCAGAUGUAUGGAUUCCGAUUCUGUCCAAGUUCCAGACUGGAUUCCAGAUAUGAAUGGAUUUUGAAACUGGAAAUUUGGUUUCUAGAUUAGCCACAAAAUCUUGCUGUACAGAAGCCACUAUUUGUGGAACAGGUUAGCUGUUAAAAAUUAAAUAUUGCAAAGCAUCUAAUGAAAAUAGUUACCACCAAAGCACAGGGUGUUGGUCACUACCUUUUUCAAUUUCAGUUUAACAGUAAAUGAUUACCAUCUCCCUCCCUCCCCCUCCCAUGCUAACAAUCAUAUUUGGAAGUUGUUUGUAAGGAGGUUUUUAUAGUCUGAGAGAGUAGUUGCUACAAUUUAAAUACUUCCAAUUGGAGUAAUUUGUACUCUUAACUUUUGAAUAUAUACAUAUAUAUGAGAAGCUAAUCUGCCUCCCCUUUAGACUAUCUUCUUUUAAUGCAAGGCAGCAUUCUCUCAAUAUGUAGAUCCAUGUAGAUGUCUGUUCAGGUAUAAUAAUUAGGACCUAAUGCAUUUUUUUUAAUUCAUUGUUUUCCCAUGCAGUAUGUUCAGUGUGCUUGUAUUUUCUUUGAGUAAUGCAUUUUUUGUGUUUGAGUAUGUAAGUAGUCUAUUUUUGGUGGUGUGGAAACAUGUUUUUAGACAUCACUUCGUAAAAGGUUUUUCUGCUAAACAUUGCAUUAAGACAAUCUUAUGACAAUACACUUAUUGAUUUGCAUCUUUAAAGUGGAAGACAGCAAUUAAUUUCAUCUUGAAUGAAAUACAUGUGCUGGCUGACAUGUGAGCAGCUGUUCAUUUUUGCACACAAUCCUUUACAUUGGUAGACAGGAUCAAAUGAAGAAAUGUGAAUAUAACCAGGAUAAGGGAAUAAGUAUAGAUGUGGCUGUUUCCAUUAUUUAAUAUCUGGAACUAUGCAGCUAUUAUGACAGAACUGGCUGUUGUUCUCUGUAUACUUUCUCCUGCCCCUUUUACAUUUUUUCCUUUGAGAGCUUCUAAACCUAAUCAUAUUGGAAAAAUUCAGCUGCUCACAUAAAAAGUUGGUUCCUUUGCAGCAUUGUUAUUUAAAUGUUUAAAAUUGCAUGUGUUGACCAUAAUGGUUAAGAAUUUGAUACAGUAACCAUAAGACCUGUUAAUUUCUUUCAGCUAAGUCUCAAGUAAACGUAACAGUGUUCAAAGAUGUAUUUAUUUUCAGAUACCUACAGAGUAGACAUUGACAAAUUGGAAUUUGCAAACCGCAUCACAAAAUCAAUUUUAUGUAUGAAGAUUAUUUUAUUAUGACCCAAUGCAGGACAUUAGAGAUGCAUUUCAGACAUAAAACUUCCAUAUACUGAGUCAGACCACUGGUCUUCUAAGGUCAGUAUUGUCUACUCGGACUGGCAGCAGCUCUUCAAAGGCUCAUAUAGUCUUCCAAAUCACUUACCUAGUUAAAAAAAUUAGUAUGUUGGGGUUUGAACCUGGGACCUUCUGGAUAAAAAACAGAUGUUCUACCACUGAGCCAUUACCUUUUCCCCUAUGCUAUUGAUAACUUGAAAAGUCAUCUGUCAUGCAUUCCAAAUGUGGAAAGGUAGACCAUAUACUCUUGAAACAAACUUACUAGUUUUCUAAACUUUGUUAGUUUUCUAAGUUACACUGUUGUACAGGAGAGGCUCUGUAAUUACUAUGUUUUUAGUCUGUAUUAUUUGCACUUGUGUUAUGUCUGUGAAGGUCACAUUUGUAACAGUUUUCAGUUGAUUUUUGUGUUGUGUUUUCUGCUAGAAGUGAUGACUUGUAAACCUGUAUGGUGUAAGACUCACUGUUCACUACUAGAAAUGUACAUGCCUGUUACAUCAUGAAGCAAUAAAAUGUGAUGGUGGUUUGGAA